AUGGAGUCCAAAGAGCAGCAGCGGACCUACAGCUCGCUGGCCCGUGGCCGCCGGGAGCGCGCCAGAGAACCGGGAGCUCUCGCGCAUGACGGAGAGAGAGAGGCUGCGGAGAGGAAGAGGGGAGACAGAGAGAUGGAGAGAGAGAGGGCGAUGGAGAGAGGGAUGCUGGUGGAGGGCUACGGGGAGCGGCAGCGACACGCGUCACUCUCCUCGGCUGUCCUCCUCACCCAGAAGACCUACAGCUCGAGCGAGACGCUACGCGCCCUGGAGCAUGGCGAGGCCUCAGCACAGACCCUCUACCCUCCACGCCACCGCAUGCCCGACAUGGUGCCCCGCGACCGCGACGAGUUCCGCGGGACAGCCCAGACCCUGUCACUAAGACAACUGGGGAUAUGCAACCCCGCCCCUCGAAGGGGACUGAGCUUCUGUGCCGAGACCGGCCUAUCGCACGAGAGGGGUGGGACCGACCACACGGAGACUGGCCUAUCGCAGGCAGGCCUGCCAGUGGACUGUGCCAUCCGUCUGUGGGGCAGGGGGAGCAUGAAGGCCCCCCAUGGGCAUCACGGCCCCGUCUCCCAGCUCUCCAGUCGCUCCAACUCAGCUCUCACCCUCACGGACACUGAGCAUGACAACAAGUCCGACAACGAGAGCGAACCCCUGUCCAGUCAGCAGAGCCCGCCGCCUCUGCCACCCGCCCCUCAUCAUCACAAGCAGACGCCAUCCAUCACCUCCCUCAACCAUGCCCUGGCCAGCCAGACCACCGAGCUGCAGAGCGCCUCCGAGUGUGUGCAGCUGCAGGAGAACUGGGUACUGGGAAGCAACGUGGCCCUCGAAAGCAGACACUUCCUUUUCAAGACGGGCACUGGUGCCAACUCCUUGUUUGCCGCUGCAGCUCCUGGCUACACCAUGGCAACAGGCUCGGUGUACUCCCACCCCGCGCGCCCGCUGCCCAGAAGCACCCUGUCCAGGGGCGCCUUCAAGUUCAAGAAGUCCCCAAAAUACUGCACCUGGAAAUGCACCGCCCUCAGCGCCGUGGCGGUGGCCGUCCUACUGUCAAUCAUCCUCUGCUACUGCAUAGCUAUGAACUUGAUGGGCCUGACCUGGCGUCUACGUGAUGUGGAAACCCAUGCUUUUGAGAACGGACGCUCCAGGGCAGUUCCCACACCAACAGUGGCAGUGACAAUGCUAACAUCUCCAGACAAAGGUCGAACAGGUGUGCCACCCCAACAGGAGAACGUCACCUUGGACACGGGACAGGUCGGGGUAGGCCAGAGGUCGGGCCAGGCCGUGCCACCUGGGGUCUUCUGGCGCUCGCGACUGGCCAUGGACGAACCAAACUUCCUCAAGUUCAACAUCUCCAUCCACAAGAACGCACUCAUCGGCCUCUAUGGGAGGAAGGGGCUGCCACCCACUCACACGCAGUAUGACUUUGUGGAGCUGCUGGAUGGCAGCAGGCUGAUUGUGGCGGAGGAUCACCCCAUCACGGUGGCCGAGAUGCGGGAGCCAGUUGAGCGUCCGGUCUCCAUGCACGAGGCUGGCUUCUUCCAUUACCUGGACUCAGGUGUGUGGCACUUGGCCUUCUACAACGACGGACGUGCCACUGAACAGGUGUCCUACAGGACCAACAUCCUGGAGGCUGUGAUGGAGUGUCCCUUUAACUGCAACGGCAAUGGAGAGUGUCUCUCUGGCACGUGUCAGUGUUUCCCAGGCUUCCUUGGUCCCUACUGCUCCAGAGCUGCCUGCCCUGUCCUGUGCAGUGGCAAUGGCCAAUACACCAGGGGGCGCUGCGAGUGUCACAGCGGUUGGAAGGGCACGGAGUGUGACAUCCCCAGUAGCCAGUGUGUCGACCUGCUGUGCGGAGGUCACGGCGUGUGUGUACACGGCACCUGUGUGUGUAACAGCGGCUACCGGGGAGAGAGCUGCGACCAAGUGGACUGUGCCGACCCAAUCUGCUCCGGCCAUGGGCUUUGCCUGCAUGGGCGGUGCCAUUGUGCUCCGGGCUGGAGUGGACCCAGCUGCCAGGCCAAGUCCAGCACCUGCCCAGCGGACUGCUCUGGCCACGGAACCUUCCAGAUGGAGACGGAGACCUGCCUCUGUGAGCCAGGCUAUACUGGAGCAGACUGCUCUUCAGAGCUGUGUGAAGCAGACUGCUCCCCUCAUGGUGUGUGUGUUGGGGGCUCGUGCCACUGUGAGAAGGGCUGGACGGGGCCAAGCUGUGGCGAGCAAGACUGUGACCCUCCCUGCGGCGAACACGGAGUGUGUCGGGACACCGUGUGUGAGUGCCACCCGGGCUGGGCUGGGGAGACAUGUAGCAUUGCUCACUAUAUGGACAAGAUUGUUAAAGACAAGAUAGGAUAUAAAGAUGGUUGCCCGGGGCUGUGCAACACCAAUGGCCGCUGCACACUGGAUCACAACGGCUGGCACUGCCUCUGCCAGACAGGGUGGAGAGGAGCUGGCUGUGACGUAGCCAUGGAGACCAUCUGUACUGACGGCAAAGACAACGAAGGAGAUGGCCUGGUGGACUGCAUGGACCCAGACUGCUGUCUGCAGACCUCCUGCCAGUCGACCCACUUCUGCCGCGGCUCCCCCGACCCCAGCAGCAGUGUGGGUGUGGCUGGCCAGCGGAGGCCCGCUCCCCACAGCUUUUACGACCGCGUCAGCUUUCUGAUCAGCCCUGGACAAACCCACACCAUUCCAGGGGACAGCCCCUUCAACAGCAGUCUGGUGACAGUUAUUCGGGGACAGGUGUUUACAGUGGAUGGGACCCCACUGAUUGGAGUGAACGUGUCCUUCGCCCAACUACCUGAGAACGGAUACACCAUCACACGUCAGGAUGGAACAUUUGACUUAUUAGUGAACGGUGGGGCUGUGGUGCUGCUUAGCUUUGACCGCGCUCCGUUCACCCCACUGCUACUUCCUGUUUGGAUUCCCUGGAAUGUGUUCCACGUUCUGGAGCCCCUGGUGUUGCACCACGGUGACAAGGAGACGCCCAAGUGUGACCUCAGCGGAUUUGAGCGACCUCGUCCUCGCCUGACUGCCACACCCCUUUCCACUCUCUUCAGCUCCACCCCUGAGGCCAGCCCUAUUGUACCUGAAACUCAGGUCCUGCAUGAACAGACACCCAUCAUGGGCAGCGAGUUGAAGCUGGUGUAUGUGAGCUCUCGCACAGCUGGCUACAGGCCCACACUCAAGGUGACCUUGACCCAAGCGGUGGUGCCCUUCGGCCUGUCCAAGGUGCACCUCAUCCUGUCUGUGGAGGGCCGGAUGCUCCACAAGUGGUUCCCCGCAUCGCCCCAUCUCUCUUACACGCUGCUCUGGGACAGGACCGAUGCCUAUGGCCAGAAGGUGUAUGGCCUGGGCAAAGCUGUAGUGUCGGUGGGCUUCGAGUAUGAGGCGUGUCUGGGCCUGGUGCUGUGGGAGAAGAGAGCCAUCAGUCUGCAGGGAUACCAGCUGCACCCCUCCCACAUGGGAGGCUGGACCCUGGACAAACAUCACGUUCUGGACAUAGGCAACGGUAUCCUGUACAAAGGCAGCGGUGAGCAGAGGUUGCUCUCUCUGCUGCCCCCAGUCAUCUCCACGGUGAUGGGUAACGGGCGGCGCCGCAGCAUCUCCUGCCCCAGCUGCAACGGACAGGCGGAGGGCAACAAGCUGCUGGCCCCCGUGGCUCUGGCCUGGGGCCUGGACGGCAGCCUGUACGUCGGAGACUUCAACUACAUCCGCCGCAUAUACCCCUCCAGAAACGUCAGCAGCAUCAUGGAGCUCAGGAAUAAAGACUUCAGGCACAGUAACAACCCUGCCCACCGCUACUACCUGGCCACGGACCCGGUGACGGGGCAGCUGUACGUCUCGGACACCAACUCACGGCGCAUCUACAGGCCGCGGGCACUGGGGGGAACCGUAGAGCCCCAGCAGAAUGUGGAGGUGGUGGUGGGGACGGGAGAGCACUGUCUGCCCUUCGACGAGGCCCAGUGUGGGGAUGGAGGGCCAGCCACCGAGGCCUCUCUCGCAGGACCCAAAGGCAUCGCUGUGGACCGGAAUGGAUUGAUCUAUUUUGUCGAUGGAACGGUGAUCAGAAAAGUGGACAAGGCCGGGGUCAUCACCACCGUGGUCGGCUCCAACGAUCUGGCCUCCGCUCGUCCUCUGGCGUGUGACGGCGCAAUGGACGUCAGUCAGGUUGUGCUGGAGUGGCCCACGGACUUGACCAUAAGCCCCGUAGACAACUCCCUGUACGUCCUGGACGGUAACCUGGUGCUGCGGGUGUGUGAGGGGGGCCAGACCAUGGUGGUGGCCGGGCGUCCUCUGCACUGCCCUGGGACCCCGCUGGACCUGCGGCCCACGGAGAUCCAGCUGGCCACCCACACCACCCUGGAGAGCCCCAGCGCCAUCGCCGUGUCCUACGCCGGCGAGCUCUACAUCACCGAGACGGACGAGAAGAAGCUGAGCCGCAUCAAGUACGUGUCGCCCGACGGCGAGAUCACCCACCUGGCCGGCUCGCCGUCCGACUGCGACUGCCGCAACGACGUGAACUGCGACUGCUACCUGACGGGCGACGGCUACGCCAAAGACGCGCGGCUCAACGGGCCGUCCUCCAUCGUGGCGGCGCCCGACGGCACCCUGUACGUGGCCGACCUGGGCAACAUCCGGAUCAGGGCCAUCGGCCGGACGCGGGCCCCGCUGAGCACCGUGCCCGGCCUCCACGAGGUGGCGUCCCCCGAGGCCGAGGAGCUCUAUCUGUUCAGCGCCAACGGGACACACCACCACACCCUGCACCUCAUCACCGGGGACUACAAGUACAACUUCACCUACGACAACCAGGGCGACCUGGUCGGGGUGACCGACAGCCACGGCAACGCGCUGCGCAUCCGACGGGACGCCGACCAAGUGCCCGUCCGCAUCGUCACUCCAGACAACCAGGCCAUCUGGAUGGCGGUGGAUGAGCAGAACGACCUCAAGUCCCUCACGGCACAGGGCCACGAGCUGGCGCAGUUCACCUACCAUGGCAGCAGCGGACUUCUGGCCAGCAAGACCAUCACUAAUGGCUGGACAUCGUUUUAUGAGUAUGACACGGAGGGAAAACUCUGCAAUGUCACCUUCCCUUCUGGUGUCAUGACGAGUCUCCAUAGUGACAUGGACACGGACUUCACUGUCACCGUGACCACAUCGGGCCAGGAGGAUGAUGCCAGCAUCUCCACCAACCACACAUCCAUACAGACUGUCUUCACUCUCUCUCAGGACCAGCUUCGUAACAGUUAUGUGUUGGGCUACGACCGCUCUCUGAGGAUCCUGUUUGCCAAUGGCAUGGACUCUCACUACCAGACCGAGCCGCACAUCCUGGCGGGGCCCUCGUGCCCCAUCGUGGCGCGCCGCAACAUGACUCUGCCCAGUGAGAGUGGACAGAACCUGGUGGAGUGGCGCUUCAGGAAGGAGACCUCCAGGUCAAAGGUCACCGUAUUUGGGCGAAAGCUGCGGGUGAAUGGCCGUAACAUCUUAUCUGUGGACUACGACCGCCUCCUGCGGACGGAAAGAAUAUACGACGACCACCGCAAGUUCCUACUGAAGAUCGUGUACGACGCAGCCGGUCAACCCGUGCUGUGGACUCCAAGCAGCAAGCUCCUUCCGGUCAACGUGUCGCGGAGCAGUGGCGGUCGCAUCAGUGCUCUGCAGUGGGGCUCGGAGGCCGAGCGGCUUGAGUACGAUGACCAGGACCGACUAGUUACCAGAGAGUUCCCUGACGGCAAGACCUGGGCCUAUACCUACAUGGAGCAGGCUGUGGUGCUCCUCCUGGCCAGUCAGCGGCAGUACGUCUUUGAGUACGACACCCACGGCCUCCUCUCCGGUGUCACCAUGCCCAGCCUGGCCCGCUACACCAUGCACACCGUCCGCUCCCUGGGCUUCUACAGCAACGUCUACCAGCCGCCUGAGAGCAACGCCUCCGUCGCCAUCGACUACAGAGAAGACGGACUUCUGCUAAGAGUCGCGCACCACGGAACGGGCCGUCGUGUUCUGUACCGGUACCGGUGGCAGAACAAGCUGUCCGAAGUUCUGUACGACAGCACCAAGGUCACAUUCACGUUUGACGAGGCGGCGGGCGUGCUGAAGACCAUCAACCUUCAGAACGAGGCCUUCAUCUGCACUAUCCGCUUCCGACAGCUGGGGGCGCUGGUGGACAGGCAGAUAUACCGCUUCAAUGAGGACGGCAUGGUGAACGCUCGUUUCGACUACGCCUACGACGGGAGCCUGCGAGUGGCCAGCGUGCAAGGUGUCAUCAACGACACGCCGAUGCCCAUCGACCUGUACCAGUACGACGACAUCUCCGGGAAGCUGGAGCAAUUUGGCAAGUUUGGCGUGAUCUACUACGACAUCAACCAGAUCAUUUCCACGUCCGUCAUGACCUACAGCAAGCACUUUGACGGCCACGGCAGGAUCAAAGAGAUACAGUAUGAGGUGUACCGCACGGUGAUCUACUGGGUCUCCUUCCAAUACGACGCUGCAGGGAGAGUCAUCAAGAAAGAGCUGAAGGUUGGGCCGUACGCCAACUCAACCAAGUAUUCGUAUGAGUACGACAUGGACGGCCAGCUGCAGGUGGUGUCUUUGAACGACCGCAUGUCUUGGCGUUACAACUACGACCUGAACGGCAACCUCCACCUGAUGAACCCUGGCGACAGCCCUCGUCUCAUUCCUCUUCGCUAUGACCUCCGCGACCACAUCACGCGCCUGGGAGACCUACAGUAUCAGCUGGAUGAGGACGGCUUCCUGCGACAGCGAGGCGCUGACAUCUUUGAGUACAACUCCAAAGGUCUGCUGGAGAGGGUCUACAGCAAGUCCCAAGGCUGGACCGUGCGGUAUCGGUACGACGGACUUGGUCGAAGGGUGUCCUCGAAGUGCAGUUUGGGAACGCACCUGCAGUACUUCUACGCCGACCUCACAUACCCGAGUCGAAUCACUCAUGUGUACAACCACAGCAGCCUGGAGAUCAGCUCGCUCUACUACGACCUGCAGGGCCACCUCUUCGCUAUGGAAACGAGCAGUGGAAAGGAGUUCUACAUCGCCUGUGACAACACAGGGACACCGCUGGCCAUCUUCAGCACAGAGGGCCUGCUGCUCAAACAGGUGCAGUACACAGCGUAUGGGGAGGUGCACCAGGACUCCAACCCUGACCUCCACCUCCCGCUGGGCUUCCACGGUGGCCUCUACGACCCCCUGACCAAGCUGGUCCACUUCGGGGAGAGAGACCUGGACGUGAUGGCAGGCCGCUGGACGGCUCCGUGCCCCACCGCCUUUAAGGACGUGGGGAAGGAGCCCCGGCCAUUCAACCUGUACAUGUUCAGGAACAACGACCCCGUCAGUCAUGGCCGCCACCUGCGAGAUUAUAUCACAGAUGUGAACACCUGGCUGGUAACAUUUGGCUUCCAUCUGCAUAACACUGUGCCUGGAUUUCCAUCCCCCAAGUUUGACAUCCACAACCCCUCCUAUGAACUGAUAAAGAGCCAAUUUUGGGAUGAUUUGCCCCCCAUCUUCGGGAUGCAGCAGGAUGUCAGCCGGCAGGCCCAGGCCUUCCUGUCCUUCAAGAGGCUGCCGGAGCUCAGCCUGGGCCCUGCCAUUCACGCUGAGAAGCCUUGGCUGUGGUUCGCCACCAGCUCCUCCCUGAUUGGCCGCGGCAUCAUGUUGGCGAUCAGCAAAGGGAAAGUGGUGGUGACUCACACGCUGGCCACGGCCAGCGAGGACUGCGUGAAGCUGGCAUCCGUGCUCAACGGCGCCAUCUACCUGCAGGACGUGCACUACAUGCUGGACGGCUGUGACACGCACCAUUUCGUGAAGCUGGGCGCGGCGGACGCUGACCUCGCCACGCUGCGGAUAACGAACGGGCACCGUGCGCUGGAGAACGGCGUCAACGUGACCGUGUGGCAGUCGACAGCGGUGACAGCGGGAGCUGGGCGCACGACUCGCCGCCUGGUGGACGUGGAGCUGAGGAGUAGUAGUGGCAGCAGCAGCAGCAAUGGCGGCACCUCCUCUUCCACCACCACCACCACCUCCACCUCCACCGUGGCCAUCCACCUGCGCUAUGGCACCACACCAGACGAGGAGCGCGAGCGCAUUCUGGAGAUGGCCCGCCAGAGGGCGCUGGUGAGCGCGUGGGCCCGCGAGCAGCAGAGGGUGCGUGACGGAGAAGAAGGAGCUCGGCAGUGGAGCGAGGUAGAGAAGCGGCAGCUACUGGGCAGUGGGGGGAGAGUGUCUGGCUACGACGGCUACUACGUACUCUCGGUGGAGCAGUACCCCGAACUGGCGGACAGCCCCAACAACAUUCAGUUCCUCCGCCAAAACGAGAUCGGCAAGAGGUAG